AUGGAGAUUCCAUGGUGCCUCCAACUCCGAAUCUUGCAGCUGAAUCAGCUUCGGCUAACAUGGCGUUCUCUGAUUCCACCGACAGAGCACUCCCCUCUGCAUGCCCAUCGCCUGGCUCUUCGCACAGACCCAAACGACGAAGCCUUGGUCAAUCGUCUCAUUGAGGAUGACACACCCUACUCAGUCUUUACCACCUCUCAGAAGCGAUGGAUCGUCUUCACAGCCGCCAUGGCCAGUUUCUUCUCGCCGCUCAGUAGCUCGAUCUACUUCCCUUCAAUCACGACCAUUGCCCGCGAUCUAGGAGUCGACACGACCCAGAUCAACCUCACGGUGACGCUAUACUUGGUCAUGCAAGGUGUGUCUUCUCUUCUGGUGGCUCCUUUCUCGGACAAUCUUGGACGACGACCUGCUUACAUCGUCUCCUUGAUCAUUUUCAUUGCAGCCAACCUGGGACUUGGACUACAGAACAGCUUCUUGGCUUUACUCCUCCUACGGAUGCUCCAGAGCUUGGGGGCUUCGGGCACGAUAUCUCUCGCGCAAGGCGUCACUGGAGACGUUGUCACAUCCGCCGAGAGAGGCAGCUACAUCGCAUUCGUUUCGAUCCCACAAGUCGCAGCUCCCGUGGUUGCGCCUAUUCUUGGAGGGCUUCUGGGACAGUACUUAGGCUGGCAUUCGGUCUUUUGGUUCUUGCUGAUUGCUUCUGGAGUCUUGGCCCUCGCUCUUGGAAUGUUCUUACCUGAGACUUGUCGUAAAGUCGUAGGGGAUGGAUCGUUACUGAAGCCAGUCAUAAACAUGAGUGCCUGGGAUGCUUUCAAAACAUUUCGUGCGAAGAAAGACCACGAACAACGAGCCCCCAUUCCACUCCACAGUCAAUAUAGACUUGGCGACAUCAAUCCGCUGCUACCCCUGAAAGCAUUCCUGGAUGUCGAAAGCGUCAUUGUCUUGGUCGCCAGUGCUCUGAUUCUGGCCUGCAUGUAUGCCAUGGGGACAGUUUUCUCGGACAUAUUCGGACGGCUUUACGGUUUCAACACAUUGCAAGUCUCGCUCAUGUUCAUACCGCUCGGCGCCGGUGCAAUUGUGAGUGCCUAUACGACCGGCAAGCUCAUCGACUGGAACUAUCGAAGACAUGCACGCAGGCACAACUUGCCCCUGACGAGGAACCGGCAGUACGACCUUUCUGACUUCAAUAUUGAACGGCCACGGCUGGAGAUUGCUCUUCCGCUCAUGAUUCUCACCGUCGUCAGCACCAUCGCGUUUGGAUGGGUCACGAAUCAGAAAGUCAAUCUGGCAGGACCGAUCAUCGUCAUCUUCAUUGCAGGCUACGGCUACUCAGCAGCAUUCCAGACUUUGAACGUCCUAAUGAUCGAUGUGUACCCCUCGAAACCUGCUACGAUCACGGCCGCUGGGAACUUAGCCAGAUCAGAGAUAGGAGCUGCCGCCAGCGCUGCGAUAGCCCCAAUGAUCCAGGCAAUGGGCGAAGGGUGGGCAUUCACAGUCAUCGCGUGUAUUUGCCUAGCAUAUACGCCACUCUUGCUCCUAGUCAUGGUGAAAGGCAUGAAGUGGCGUCAAGCAAAACAAAAGAGGAGCCAAAAAGGCUGA